CGCCCGCCCAGCCUUUAGCCUCCCUGCCGCCGCCGCCGCCGCCGCCGCCACCUCUGUCUCCCUCUCUCCACGAACUGCCCAGGAGUGAGCAGCUGCUCUCCGACGACCCGACAGACCGACAGACGCACGGACUGCCCGACCCUCAAGACUGCCAACCAGCCAGCCUGUGCCCGCCGCUUCCCCUCCUCAGUCUCGCAGGCACGCCCACCAUGUGGCCCCUGUGGCCUCUUGCGGCCCUGCUGGCCCUGAGCCAGGCUCUGCCCUUUGAGCAAAAAGGCUUCUGGGACUUCACCCUGGACGACGGGCUGCCCAUGCUGAACGACGAGGAGGCUUCAGGUGCCGACACGACCUCGGGCAUCCCAGACCUGGACGCCCUCCCGCCCACCUACAGCGCCAUGUGCCCUUUCGGCUGCCACUGCCACCUGCGGGUCGUUCAGUGCUCCGACCUGGGUCUGAAGGCUGUGCCCAAAGAGAUCUCUCCCGACACCACUCUGCUGGACCUGCAGAACAACGACAUCUCUGAGAUCCGAAAGGAUGACUUCAAAGGCCUCCAUCAUCUCUAUGCCCUGGUCCUGGCGAGCAACAAGAUCUCCAAGAUCCACGAGAAGGCCUUCAGCCCCCUGCGGAAGCUGCAGAAGCUCUACAUCUCCAAGAACCACCUGGUGGAGAUCCCUCCCAACCUGCCCAGCUCCCUGGUGGAGCUCCGCAUCCAUGACAACCGCAUCCGCAAGGUGCCCAAGGGCGUGUUCAGUGGGCUUCGCAACAUGAACUGCAUCGAGAUGGGUGGGAACCCCCUGGAGAACAGUGGCUUUGAACCUGGAGCUUUCGAUGGCCUGAAGCUCAACUACCUGCGCAUCUCUGAGGCCAAGCUCACCGGCAUCCCCAAAGACCUCCCCGAGACCCUGAAUGAACUCCAUCUGGACCACAACAAAAUCCAGGCAAUUGAGCUGGAGGAUCUGCUCCGCUACUCAAAGCUGUACAGGCUGGGCCUGGGCCACAACCAGAUCCGCAUGAUUGAGAAUGGGAGCCUGAGUUUUCUGCCCACCCUGCGGGAACUGCACUUGGACAAUAACAAGCUGUCCAGGGUGCCUGCUGGCCUUCCGGACCUCAAGCUCCUCCAGGUGGUCUAUCUGCACACCAACAACAUCACCAAGGUGGGCGUCAAUGACUUCUGCCCGGUGGGCUUCGGGGUCAAGCGAGCCUACUACAAUGGCAUCAGCCUCUUCAGCAACCCCGUGCCCUACUGGGAGGUGCAACCGGCCACCUUCCGCUGCGUCACUGACCGCCUGGCCAUCCAGUUUGGCAACUACAAAAAGUAGAGGUGGCAGCAGCCGCCAAGGUGGCCUGGGUGGGGUCUCUGGGCAGCACAGCGGAUGUCCUGAGGGGGGGAAGCAAAGAAAGGGAGCGAAGCCAAUGCUCAACUGCACCCAACCCAGCCCUGCCCUUGAUCCCCAACCCCCCUCAUCACCGCCCGACGUCCUUGCCCUGGCUCCCAAGUGUGCAGGUGAGGCGUGGGGCCUGGCCCCCAUCACACACCCCUUAGCUUCAGAGCCACCCCUGCUCCCCCAUCAUGACCACGCAGAGGUGCCCCCACGAAGCUUUCUUCCCAUUCACCCCAAAACCAAAUUGUCUGAGGCUCCAGUCCAAGGAAAAUGGUCCCUGGGUCUGGGGGGCCAGGGAUGGAGACAGCAGACCCCGCUGAGCCCACCCUACCUGCCUGGCACACAUCCCUCCUCGGCCUGGCCUGCUACCCUUCUCCUCCCAUGCCCCCUGCCAUCCUUCUGUGAGUUCACGGCCAUCCAUCCCAGCCUCUUUGCUCUACUGGCCCCUGAAUCAGUCCUCUCCGUCUCUCUCUGUCUCUCCGUCUGUCCCUCCCUCGUCCUCCCUCUCGUCUCUCACAUCCUUGGGCUGGGUCUGGUCUCUGUCUCGCUGGGCUUCUGCCCAGCCCCUACCCAGGCGGGCUGCGGUGGGGGAAAGCUGCCCCCCACCCCACCCAGGCCUCGCCCCCAAGCCUGGAUGAUCCUGCAACCACAUGCUCCACAGUCCAGGGAGAGCAUUGGACUCAGCCAGACCCUGAGAGUCUGUCCCCUGGGUGGGACCCAGCAUCCCGCCAGAGUCCCCAUCACGCUUCUCACUGUCCCCCUUUCCCCCACGAUGGCUAGGUCUCCCCUCCCGCUGCCUUCCACCCCCUGGGGUAGUGAGGGCUCUGAGUGAUCACGCCCAGGUUGAGGAGGGGCUGCUUCUGAGGUCGGUUGUUGUCUUUCAAUUAAAGAAACACUGUGCAAUA